AUGCACAGGACAUCAGAAGAUCGCUGCAACGUGACUUUUGUCUGGCUUAUUUUUUUUCCGUCCGUCCUUGGCCUGACUUGCGUUUGUCGCCUAACCUCGCUGCGGCCAUGGAAGUUCCAUGUGCUUCUUUGUGCUUCGUUGUGCUUCCGUCUUGUUUGGCCCCGUUUGACAUGGUGUCUCACUUUGACGUCACCCGCCCGCAUUUGUCAGUGCGGGACCUCUGUGCAUGUAGCCCAAAAGAGUAACGAGUACCACACAAGCGGAACCCGGGGAAAACUGGAGAAUCUAGCAUACAAGAGAGGCGGGGCCAUAACGGUCGAGUUUACGCUGCGGCUGAAGGUUGGGCCGAGACGGAAUUUUUACAAUUUUUUUUUCCGUCCGUUUUUCGUCACUUGCGGCGGUGGUCAUUUUCGACAAAAAACCGUUGCUGAUGUUCGCGUAAAUCACCUGUUUGGUCAUCGGGACUUGCAAGUAGCAGAAACGGGCCCAACGUCCAAACCGGGCCGAACAAAUUUAGCUGUAUUUUUUCCCGCCUUUGCUGUGGCUAUGACAUUUGGAUUACCAAUUGUGGUCAUGCCUUGGGGCUGUCACUAA